AUGGUGGUGCAAAUCACUAUAAAUGAGAAAAAAGCCCUAUAUAAAAUAUGGUACAAAUCCAAAAACCCAGAUGACAAGAUAAAUUACAAAAAAUCCAAGAGAACAACUAUAAAGGCGGUAGCUAGGGCCAAAGCUAUGGCAUACGAUGACAUGGAGUCACACUCUCUUAAACUCUACGAAAAAAUAAUAGAAAAAAAAGUUACGAGACAUAAUCCAAAUAGUAGAGACUCAGUUUGGCUUUAUGCCUGGAAGAUCAACAACUUAUGCAAGCAAAUGAGUGAAAAAUACAGGAAAAAGAACAAAUUUCUCGAUCUAGAAAGGGCCUUGGAUAGAAUCCAAAGAAGACUUAUCUGGCACAAAAAGGUUCCCGAAAAAUAUAUAAGGAUAAUACAUGAUAUGUAUAAGGGUCAUACAACCAUGGUCUGUAGCACAACUGGUACUUCAGCAGGCUUCACAAUAGCCGAGAGAAUUCAUCAAGGGUCGACUCUCAGUUCACAUCUCUUCAUAACACUAAUAGAUGUAUUAGAACAGUCUAUACCACAAACGGUCCCGUGGAAUAUGAUAUUUGCAGAUAUACUGUGA